AUGGAAAGCCUUCAAGCACGCAUCGACUCAUUUCUUAAAUCCAAGCGCGUAAAGAAGAGUUCAAAGUCCAACUCUGCCUCCGCAACCGUGAAAUGGCCCCAUCCUUCCUCUUUCAGCGCCAACCCGCACACCCUUGCCGAAGCAGGCUUUUACUGGGUACCAAGCUGGGAAGACAGGGAUAGCGUCGCUUGCUUUCUGUGUCACAAAGAGCUGAGCGACUGGGAUGAACAGGAUAACCCUUUCCUGAUUCAUUGGCAGAAGUGUGGCAGUACUUGUGCGUGGGCAAUAGUCCGGUGCGGACUCAGUGAGGAUAUUGCAGAGGAUGGAAGCUUUGUAUUCUUGAACAAGAAACGUUUGCCAACGAGCAAGGCGAUGGAGAAGGCACGUCUUCAGACAUUCGGCGAAAACUUGUGGCCUCAUGACGAGCAAGAUGACCACGGUGCUAGCUCAAAGAAGAUGGCCCAGGGAGGGUUCGUGUAUACCCCCCAAACAAAGGAUGAUGAUACCGUAACUUGCUUGUAUUGCAACCUCUCACUAGGUGGCUGGGACACUGACGAUGAUCCAAUGUGGGUACAUGAAGUUCUCCCCCCGAGACGUAAGGUGACCCAUCCACGACAGAGGGGAACAUAA